AUUGCAGAAGGAAUAACUCUUUAUGAACCAACAUUUACCAGUGACUGGAUCACCGUAGAAGCUCAAGAUGACAAUAAGUGUGAAUUCUACGUCCCUUUUCUGGAUGGUUUUAAAACAACAACCAGACCUGUCAAAGUAAUAGUUGAAGUAAAAGUCGAAGAUGAUGGAGAAUCGUUCAUCUUUAACGCUUUCGGUUCCUCACCACGAGAUGAUGACAAAAAUGAGGAAUAUGGCGGGGUUGUUUAUUUCUACAAUGCAAGUGGUGUGCUUAUUUUCUUGCCAAACAGGUAUCGUGGAGAUGAUGAUGGGAAAGCUGUAUAUCUAGGAAUAAAGGACGUUUGGUACCAACCAACCUCUCAUUCAAACGAGGAAGUUAAAAAUGAAUUUGUUGAUGCGGAAGUUCGAGUAAAGAUGUGGCGAUAUGACGAUUUGCCCCCACAGUACGAUUCUGGUUUCAUAUACACAAUAGAAUCAGGACAUCAAGAUAAAACUCACUUAGAGGUGCCCAUCAAUUUGACUUCAAAUCCAGAUAUGAUUGUAGUCCAAGCUGAACCAAUAACAAUUCUGGACGAAAUGCCGGGACUAAUUGCGGAAGGAGGCGGCGUUCCGGGAUGUCUUGGUUGUGGUGAACAAGCUGGUGGACUGUCAUUUGCAUACAACGCUUCUCAUGUUCGGCUAUGGGUUAAAUUGAACUAUCCGAUAACUAGUGCAGCAGACGGAUGGGGAGACGAAGACUAUCCAACUGAAUACCGUUUAAUGUCCUCGGAAGUGAAAGUCAGGAUUCUUGCCUGGACUUUUGACAAUGCAGUGAACACAUGUCAAUGGAAAGAAACAUUGACAACAGACAUUGCAGAAUCUGUACAAACAACUCCGAAGAUGAUAUUCACGCGUGAAGUGGUAACCGAAGCUUCUCUUGUGAUGGUGAAGAUUCGACCCGUGGAUGGUCCAAACGUAGGUUUCUCAUUUUAUGGCGCUGGUUCAGUAGUGACAUCCGGGAGCUAUGACGCAAGUAAAAGAUACACGGGUCUGGUGUUUGGCUACAACAAUUUUGGGGUGUACGUCUGGAGGGUCAAGCCUACCUCAAGAUCUUUUGUUUUUGAUAUCAGUAGUCCGUGGGGAGGCGGAAAAUAUAGCCAACAAACUAAUGACGUGGAGAUUGACAUUAUCGUUCUUGGAAAGAUGUCAAGAGAAAUUUACUGUCCAUCACUGAUUCCUCCUCAACAUGGAGGUCUCAUACAGAACACCUCUGUAGGUGGAACAGCUUACUUCUACUGCAAUCCCGGGUUUCAGUUAUCUGGUGGAGAUUCAAAUCUCACAUGUCUGGACAAUGGAACUUGGGUUGGAGAUCCUGUAAUUUGUUCUGAAAUAUUAUGUCCAGUAAUAGAAAAUCCAGAAAAUGGCAUCGUUACAUUGUCGAACAACAACUCCAUGACGAAUAUUGGGAUGUCUGGUGUUCCCUUUAACACUAUCGCUACAUUCUCCUGUAACCCCGGGUACUAUAUAGCGGCGUCUGUAUCUAUCUUCAAACGCACCUGUCUCGUAAAUGGAAGUUGGGAUGGGGCACCAUUCAGCUGCUCAGAAAUCCUGUGUCCAGAGCUUGAUGAGGCACCAAAUAGCACAAUUACACACAUAAACCGAUCUAUAAAUGGAACAGUGCGUUAUAAAUGCAACAAAGGGUAUAUUCUAGCAAACGGCAGUCUUCAGCGAAAAUGUACUUCUUAUGGAGAAUGGGAUGGAAGACCUCCAAAUUGCACAGCUUUAGGACAGUGCAUGUGUCCCUGUAAUAUGGUGCAUGAGCCAAAGUAUACAAACACUAGUGAUGAAGCACUGAUCAGAGAGAUCGAGAAGAUGCGAGAAGAACUUCUUGUUCUAGAAACUUCGGCUGCUCUGAGAAAAAAGAUAUCUGUGAAAGAUUUUCGUCCUUCUACCAAUGCUUCUGGGAGUGUUUGGGUGACACUUCUGUUAAUUAUGGCUGCUUUAAUAAUUGUUCCUGAUGUAUUAUCAGCUCUUAGAUAUGUAAAAAUUGUGUAUACAAGACGUCUUAUUUCUAGAGAAAUAAAAUAA